AUGGUCCGCUCCAGUGGCCUCAGACUCGCCCACCGUCUCGCUCUCCGCACCCUCUCCUCUCAUCUCCUCCGCGACUCCGCUGCCGCGCUAAAUGGGACGUCAUUGAGAGGUGCUUGUAGAAGCUUCGGCACGGGGCCUUGGAAUCAGAGUGCAGCCUUUCAUGGUUCCACUUUUAGAAAAGUUUAUCAUGGAAGUGAGCAGCUGAGAUUAGGAUCAUUUAAAGUUGACCUUGGUGGACUUCGAUCAAUUCAUGGAACAGCACACAGAUCAAGGGAUUACUUUGAUGUUCUUGGCGUAAGUAGAAAUGCCACAUCUUCGGAAAUCAAGAAAGCUUAUUAUGGGCUUGCAAAAAGCUUGCAUCCUGACACCAAUAAAGAUGAUCCUGAAGCUGCAAAAAAGUUUCAAGAAGUACAAGAGGCGUAUGAGGUUCUGAAGGAUGAUACGAAGCGCGCGGAGUAUCUUGAGCUUGGACACGAUGGUUACAAAAUGAGAGAUCAGAACGGUGGUGCUGGAUACAACCCAUUUCAAGGUGGUGGCUUUGAGGACUUUUUCAAAAAUAUGGAUUUUAUGCAUCGAAUGAGAAUGGCUGGUGGCAGAGAUGUGCAGGAAUCUAUUACACUGUCCUUCAUGGAAGCUGUACAGGGAUGCUCCAAAACUCUGAAGUUCAUGACUGAAUUGCCUUGUAAUACUUGUGGUGGAACCGGCGUUCCUCCAGGAACUCAGCCUCAAACCUGUAGACGUUGUAAAGGCGCUGGCAAGAUAAAUUACUCAUCAGGAUUUGUGUUUGGCUCGGUAUCUUGUAUGGAAUGUCAAGGGACUGGAAAGAUUGUGAAGGAUUUCUGCAAGUCCUGCAAGGGGGAGCGUGUUGUAAGAGGAUCGAAAUCUGUGAGAUUGGAUAUUAUGCCUGGAAUUGACAACGAUGACAUCCUUUCGGUGCCAAAUGCCGGAGGUGCAGAUCCAGAAGGCAUUCAACCUGGGGAUCUCCGUGUCACUAUUAAGGUUAAAGAAGAUCCUGUUUUCCGUAGACAAGGCUCAGAUAUCCAUGUUGACGCUGCCCUAAGUAUCAGUCAGGCUAUCUUGGGAGGAACUAUUCAAGUUCCAACUUUGACUGGGGAUGUCGUGGUCAAGGUCCGUCCUGGUACUCAACCUGGUCAGAAAGUUGUUCUCAGAAGAAAAGGGAUUAAGGCGAAAAAUUCCUAUUCAUUCGGGGAUCAAUACGUGCACUUCAAUGUCGCAAUUCCAACGAAUUUGACACGAAGGCAACGCGAACUAAUUGAGGAGUUUGCUAAAGAAGAACAGGGCGAAUCUGACAACGAUGCCGCUGCCGUGUAUCAUGGAAGUGAGCAGCUGAGAUUAGGAUCAUUUAAAGCUGACCUUGGUGGAGUUCGAUGCAUUCAUGGAACAGCGCAUAAAUCAAGCGAUUACUUUGAUACUCUUGGCGUAAGUAGAAAUGCCACAUCUUCGGAAAUCAAGAAAGCUUAUUAUGGGCUUGCAAAAAGCUUGCAUCCUGACACCAAUAAAGAUGAUCCUGAAGCUGCCAAAAAGUUUCAAGAAGUUCAAGAGGCGUAUGAGGUUCUGAAGGAUGACACCACGCGCGCGGAGUAUCUUGAGCAUGGACACGCCGGUUAUAAAAUGAGAGAUCAGAAUGGUGGAGCUGGAUUCAAGCCAUCUCAACAUGGCGGCUUUGAGGACCUUCUCAGAAAGUCAAGUACAGAUAAUGAAUUUAAUUUGGUUGAUCUGAUGGUAUCUAUUACACUGUCUUUCAUGGAAGCGGUACAGGGAUGCUCCAAAACUCUUAAGUUCAUGACUGAAUUGUUUUGUAAUACUUGUGGUGGAACCGGUGUUCCUCCAGGAACUCAGCCUCAAACCUGUAAACGUUGUGAAGGCUCCGGCAAGAUAAGUCGUCCAUCAGGAGCUAACUUUUACUUAGUAUCUUGUAUGGAAUGUCAAGGGACUGGGAAGAUUGUGAAGGAACCGACAACAAUGACAUCAUUCCGGUGCAGCGUGCCGGAGGUGCAGAUCCAGCAGGCAUUCAGCCUGGAUCUCUUUGUCACUAUUAAGGUUAAAGAAGAUCCUGUUUUUCGUAGACAAGGCUCAGAUAUCCAUGUUGAUGCUGCUCUAAGUAUCAGUCUGGCUAUCUUGGGAGGGACUAUUCAAGUUCCAACUUUGACAGGGGAUGUGGUUGUAAAGGUCCGUCCUGGUACACAACCCGGUCAGAAAGUUGAUUCCCAGAAGAAAAGGAAUCUGACGCGAAGGCAAUGCCAACUAAUUGAGGAAUUUGCUAAAGAAGAACAGGGCGAAUCUGACAAUGAUGCCGCUGCCGUUGCUACAGGCUGA